AACAUGCCUGAAUCAUAACCUGACCUAUAAAUGCACAGAGAAGAGGAUAACACAAUGUCUGAACUACAUGUAAGAUUAAUUCGUCUCACCGGUAAUAAAGAUUGCGCUUUCCCUCAUGUGAGAGGAAAAAGGUAUUGAAGAGUAAAAUUCAACUCUUUUACGAAGAUUAUGAUUGGAUACUUGAACAUUGGCGAGUUGUGAGAAAAAAACCUACUUCAUCUGGUUGAAUGACGAGUAUAAUCGGCGAUUAUACGAGACCGAGGAUCUGAAGGAGGUUUUACGACACACGGUCAAGCCUAUCCAUCCUUGUCGUCGAGUAACCAGUGUGAACAACGACGAUGGCGUUCAUUACGACGAAGACGGUGGUGCUAUCUUUCGCCGUCCUCGAGAAUUUCUUUCACUCCGCGAUCAUCUUCGGAUGGCCGUCACUCGUCUACGUGCUCAAAGACCUCGGUUAUUAUAGCAACCUAUGCCCACCUUCAGAAAACAAUACAACGACCACCAUGUCGGGGUCGCCAUCGAUGUCACCCAUCACAAUUAUUUCGACAUCGAUGACGACUGAGCGUCGUGAUGAUUCGGUGGAUGAAGGCGUGGUCGAAUGCGAUGCACAGGAUGCUAGGCUGUUACUAAUCUACACCAUAUCAUCAAGUAUACUACCUUGCAGUAUGCUGUUUUCGGGCAUUCUAUUCGAGAAAGGAGGGACACUCAUCAUCCGCCUCAUAUUUAGUGUAUCGCUCUUCGUAGCAUACCUGUGUGUAGCGGCCAGCUCCCCGUCUGUUCCUGAUCUUCUGUUCCCAGGAACCAUCAUCAUGGCAGUGACUGGAAUCUUUAUAACCAUCUCUACGUUUGAGAUAUCGAAUCUAUUUACCAAAUACAAGUCGACAGUGAUUGGUCUCAUCGUCGGGUCAUGUGAUUCUAGCGCAUGCGUGUUACUCUUUAUCAAGGUGUUAUACGAUGCCGGUGUAUCGCUGAGGGCGUCCUUCAUCGCUUUAGCUAUCUCAACCCUCUUCUUCACGAUUAACACUCUCCUCCUCCCCCGCGACCACAUCCCUUGGCCACUCCCUGAGGACUACCAACUUGGAAGCGGAUGCUGCUACAAGAACAAGGACAGAAACCCAGAGUUGCCCUUCCAAAACUCAGAUCAUCACAAAGAUGAGUUGAAGUCGGCAACAGAGCUGACGGAAAACAAUAAUAAACACGUGACUGUUGACGGUGAUGAAAUGUCACCGGAAUGUUAUUCUAAUUUAAAUGAGAACAAUAUCUAUUCUUCAGAUGAUCAACACGAAAGGAAAGAAGGCGGGAAAGCAAGUUUAGCGAAGGAAAGUGAUGUUUAUGAGAAGCACGAUGGCAUGGUUAUAUGGCAUGAUAAUGCAGGAUAUGAACAUGAAGAUGGGUACGUCACCCAAAUUCCCGAAACAGAUAACAAAGUCUCUGUUCAGGGCCUCAGCAAUGGGACCAGCGUCGACCUUUCCAAGGCGGCUCGGCGAGCGACCAGGGACAAGCUAACCGAAGACCAGCGACUCGAAGAUUACCCAACUACCUGGUCGAUCCUGAAGUCGCCCAUGUUUCUCCUGAUGACGUUCUGGACGAUCGUGGUCCAGGGCGAGAUCUUCUUCGUCAUCGGGAUCAUGAACCCGUGGUUGACAUUCCUCGCUGAUGGCGAUACUGAAACAGUAAGUUUUUAUACAAACAUCUUAGCUAUAACCACCAUAGGAAGUCUGAUUGGAUCGCCUAUUAUGGGAUACGUCUUUGACAGACGAAAGGAACUUUCUGAAAAAUCACCGAAGAAAGAUGAUACCAAGGGACCUUACGCUGAUCUGCGAGAUAGCUGGUUACCGGUGGCAUUAUCUUCCGUAACAGCUAUAGCCAUGUCUGGUUUAAUGAUGGUGCCAAUCCUCCCUGUACAAUUUGGUACUUUCCUCUUACUCACAGCGGUCAGGGCUAUGUUUUACUCUGCCUCUGCUGCUAUCGUGCCUAUAACUUUUCCAAUGCAAUUUUAUCCGACCGUGUUUGGGACUGCAAAUUUCAUCGCUGGUUUGAUGUCUCUCACCCAGUAUCCACUCUUCAUCGUCAUCCAGGAAUCGCUGAACGGGGAUCCUAGAUGGGUAGUCUUUGGGAUGAUGCUUGCCAACGUCGUGGCUUUGAUAUAUCCUCUUUACAUCUAUAUCUACGGUAAAAACCACGAGAAGCAAUACUUUGAGACAAGACGAGAAAUUCCAAAUUCAAACGGCUUUGGUGCUUGUCACAAAAAAGAAGAAGAAUUUGAUGACAUGCCUUAAUUCCACUGCUGUCAGGGAUCUAAUUCAGAAGUGGAAAAUGUAGCAUUUAAAGAUGAAAGAUUAAAUUUCGGACAAACAAACUUUAAAUACUAAGUUAAAACCUCUUUGUAAGUUUGAAAGCAAAGCCAAUCCCCAAUCGAUAUAGCAAUAUUAUGAUCGGAUAUACAUGAUUUGGUGCGUGUCUGUAAAAACUUGAAAUCAAUGACAAUGUUGAUUACAUUAUUAUUUUAUUG